AUCAAUAUAACACCGCUAGCCGGUUCCGGCUUCAUCGUCUCCACGGAGCAGCAAUCAGAGCUUUUCCCGGCGAGAUCCUCGACGACUAGUGUCCAACUAAGCACCAGCAUGUCACCGACGAUGAGCAGGCUGCAUAUUAACGGGAGGCUGUAUGUACAUGACAUGGCACCAUGCACCGGCGACGCUGAACUUCGCCGCCACUUCGGGCGCUACGGGGACGUGGCUGAUAUUUUCAUUCCCACGUGCCGCCUUACUGGCGAACCCCGCUGCUGCGCCUUUGUCCAGUUCUCUAGCCCUCGUGAUGCCGGGCGUGCCCUCGCUGACCCACGCCAUGUCAUCAAUGGCCGGGAGGUGUGCAUUGCAAGGGCACGACCAAGACGUCUGCAAGAAUUGAGUGUUGUCCAACCAAACACCAGCAUUCCACCGGCGAUGAGCAAGCUGCAUAUUAACGGGAGGCUAUACUUAGAUAACAUGGCCCCAUGCACUGGUGACGUGGACCUCCGCAGCUACUUCGGUCGCUACGGGGAUGUGGCCGACAUAUUCAUUCCCACUUACCACCUCACUGGCCAGCCCCGCUGCUGCGCCUUUAUCCAGUUCUUUAGCCCCGAUGAUGCUGGCCGCGUCCUCACUGACGGCCCACGCCAUGUUAUCAACGGCCGGGAGGUGUACAUUGCAAGGGCACGACCAGGACAUUUAGAAGAAUCGAGUGUGUACCAGUACAAGCCUCUCUGCGAGCGGCAAGUCCGGUAUGGUCCAUGGCGUGGAUAUCGGGUUGGCGACAUCGGCAAGACAUCCUUUGGUCGUCUAGUGUAUGACUCCGUCAUAAUAUAUAUCUCGGAGGAUGGCGUUCGAUUUUGGUGGAGACCAGUAGAAAUGCACACUGAGAGCAAGUCUACCGGGUACGGGCCAAGACAAUCAUUGAUACGAGCUCUCUGAAAGCCCGUACUCCGUGUUCAUCAAGUGGCGAAGCUUCUUCGAACUUUGGCCAAUUGUUCAGAACUUAUGUACUACCGUGGAUCUCUCAUGCUAUGGCGAUGGGCGAAGCUUUGUUGGACAUACGCCUAAUUAAUGCUGAAUUUACACACUUAAGUUUCUAGAUUCAGUCAUAAUGAAUGCCUUGUUCGCAGUUU